CGAGGAAGAAGAAGAACAACAAGAAGAAGAAUUACGAAAGUACGAAUACGAAAACCAGAAACCAGACAGAAGUUUUCGUCCACAUGCGCACCGUGCGCACCGACACGAACAAAAUUUGCACGAUGGCCGAGGUCUCAGGAGCUUAUUCGCGCCGGACAGUCGUCUCGUGAGCGUCCUCCGAUCGAUCGGCUCCCUCGGACGACCAUGCUGAGCUCCAGGCUGUGAAAAAAUUACAAUGGUCUCGCCGCUGCUGCUGAUUUUGGCCGCUCUUCUGCAGCCCCUCUGGGCCUUGUCCUGGGAUGUGGCUGUUACGAGUGUGGGCCAAUUGGACUUAUUGAAAGGAGGCGCCUCUGUGAGGACAAUAACUGCUAAAGAACUAUAUGCGGCAAGAGGGCUGGUCUACUUGCCAAAGCACGACGUUUUCCUCUUCACAAAUUCGCAAAAUAAUUCCAUCGGCUCCAUCUUCAUACUUAAAAUUAACGACGAAUCGCCCAAUGGCACUCAAAUCUCACAACUCGUUAAAGCAUACGACAGUAAUAGAAACAUACGUAGUCUAGCCUACGACCCGAAGGACGAAGUUGUUUAUUGGACAGACUCAGAGGCAAGAGCCAUUUACAAGGCUGUCCUUCCGGCUGACCUGAAAGGUUCCGUCAAAGCUCAGAUUGUGCACAAAUUUGUGGAAGAAGAGCCACAGGCGCUGGGAGUUGAUCAUUGUCGAAGAAAAUUGUUUUGGAGCAACAGGAACUAUGAACGCUCAUUCAUUGAAUCAAUUGAUUUGAAAACCCACAGCCGCACUAUGGUUUUGGAAAAUUUGUACUCACCAAAUGGUCUUGCACUGGACCUAAGAAGCCCUGGCAGGCUUUAUUGGGUAGACGACGUUGAUGGAAUUGAUUUCAAUGUGCACUCUGCGCGGCUGGACGGCUCAGAGAAUAAACUUUUGUACCAAGGUCGUCGCCAGCAUCCUGACUCCAUUAUUAUUGUGGAUCACAAAACUUUAAUGUGGACAGACAUGAAUAACUACAAGAUCUGGCUCCAUGAUGUUGGAUCCGACUCGGAGCCUACAACCUACUUCAAUGUUGACAAACCUUUAAGCUUAGUUGCUUAUCCCUCAACUUCAGACUUUACUUCUGUCUGCAAGACCAGCGAACCAGUCGCCGAGACACCUUUAGUUCCUAGCCAACCAAAAAUUGACAGUUCCCCGAACUCAGCCUCGAUGGUCUUUUGCCUGAAUGGUGGUCUGAACAACACAGCAACUGAAAGUUGUAAAUGCUUGCCUGGUUUCACAGGCCCUCACUGCGAAGUGAACUUAUGCCACAACUACUGCCUAAGUGGAAACCACUGUGUGGUCUCGCCGGAAGGCUCCGUCUCCUGCCACUGCCCACCUGGCAAGGCGGGAAAAAGGUGUGAGGUGGACCUUUGCCAAGGGUUGUGCCUGAAUGGAGGUGUUUGCCACCUGAAUCUAUCCACAAAUAGCACUGUGUGCCAUUGCUUGGAGGGGUUCGAAGGCGAGCGAUGCGAACGAAGGUGGGACAUGUGCACUGCCCAAUGCAACAUUCCGCUUUGCGACUGUGAGACCAGCAAGAAUGAAAUAGGACCUUUAACUUGUCCACCACACAGAUUUUCAUCGGAAGGAAAUUUCAGCCCACUUGUUUGGUCCCUGAGUGGGACAUGUAUUGCCCUUAUUCUGGUGACGGUAUUCCUCGCCAUUCAGGUGCUCAAAUUAAGGCAAAGACCUCGAUUAAAGAGAAGGGUCAUCGUUAGCCGAAGAGAAGUGGCUGUUCCAUCAUUCGAGCAGCCUCCGCCUGGAACUCAAAACGGCUCAUCUGGGGACACUUGUGAAAUCAUGAUCGAGAACUGUUGCAAUAUGAAUAUUUGUGAAACGCCGUGCUUUGAGCCACCGAAUAGACUAGGUCGCAAAAUUAAGGAUGACAAAAAGACACUGCUGGCCAACAUGGAGGACUCCGAAGGUGAGGAACAGACGCCAAAAGAAUCCUCGUAGUUGAUUCCCAGUAGUGUGUCUUAAUUAGUGAUACUUAAUUUGAAUGUUUUUAUUUUUAAUGACAGUUUGAAAAAGCCAGACACACUUAAGAAGCUGUUUUCAGUUUUGCUCAAUAAAGAUGUGUUUUAGCAUUUUGCUGUAGACAAACGAAA